GAGCUAUAAAGACGGGAGCGCGCGGGGCGGCGGCGCCACACCACUGCAUUGCCAUACUCUUCACGGAACGUCAGUAAGAAUACGCGACGGUCGCAAAACAUCAUGAGGCUGUCGUUGGCGUUGACGUGCGUGGCGGCGGCCCUGUGGGCGUCCCCGUGUGUCGGUUCCCCCGGCGGAAGUACUUCUUUCAGCUUGGGCUCAUCCUCGAUCAGAUCGUUUUCGUCGCCUAGUCUAUUCGGUGCCGAGAUGAUUGUGGGCGGCACGGCGACCACCAUCCUCAAGCACCCCUACAUCGUGUCCGUCGAGAAGUACUUCACGGAGUUCCCCAAGUGGUUCCACAACUGCGGCGGCAGUGUCAUCAACAAGUACAACAUCCUGAGCGCCGCGCACUGCAUCGCAGAGGACCCCAAGGCCGCGUACCGCGUGCGCGCGGGGGCCACCCGCAGGGGUGUGGGCGGACAACUCGUCGUCGUGAGCAAGGUGUUCUACAACACCAAAAAGUACAACGCCCAAGCCAUCGACUACGACGUCGGCAUCUUCCGGCUCAAGACGCCACUCAGGUUCAGCUUUACCGUCAAGCCCAUCCAGUUUCCACGUAUCGGCGCCGCUCUGCCGUCCAAGAUCCAGAUCCAGGGCUGGGGCGCCGAGACGGCCAUGGCGUUCGAGUACCCGACUAAGCUGCGUCAGGCCGUCGUGAGCUUGGUGAACCACGCCACCUGCGUCAAAGAGUACAAGGGCAUCAGGGCCGUGACCGAACGCAUGUUCUGCGCCGCUUCCCCCGGGAAGGACUCCUGCACGGGCGAUUCUGGUGGCCCAGCGGUCCAGGUGAACACUUACAUUCAGUACGGAAUUGUGUCUUGGGGAGACGGCUGCGCUUCGAGCAAAUACCCCGGGGUCUACGUCGACCUCACCAAGCGCGAAACAAGAAACUACAUCGACCAGGUUCUCAAACAGAAGUAGUAAUUUACAGCGGCCGAUCGUCGGGCAGUACACUUACACCUAUGUAGAUUUCGUAAAUAAGACUCGUCGUUUCUCAGACUUUUAUAA